AUGCCGGCUCUCCCGGGGACCACGUGGAAAACAAGUGGCAUCAGGAGCAGUCGCAGAUGCGCCACCAAUGAGGCCAGCAGCUGCAGUGGGCGCGCAAUUCGCUCGCGCACCACCACCCAGUGGCCUGGACGCGCCUCCCCGUCCCCGCGCUUCCCCCCGCCGCGCCGCGCCGCCCCCCGCGCCGCGGCCGCCCCCGACGCGCCGCAGCCGCUGGCCCUGCGCUCCGCGCGCCAGAGCCUGCUGUCGCUGCUGGACGGCGGCGCGGCGCGCGACGACGCGGAGGUGGCCGCUGCAGUGGACACCCUCAUCCGCGAAAACCCCAGCCUCACCCCCGGCCUAGACACCCCAGAAGUCGGCGUCGGCGUGUGGGAGGUCGUGCUGGCGCGCGGCGACGGGGCGGCGUAG